GAUCAGUCCCCCUCUCGUUGCACCUGCGCAGAUCAGUCGUUCUCGGCCUUUGCCCUUCCCAACCGGCACCAUGAAGCUGCUUUCUACCCUCCUGCUCUUCAUUGCUCCUAUUACCCUCGCCCUUCCGACUGAGAACAUUGGGGCCCCUGUCGAACGUGACGAGGUUUCCGAAAGGGCGUGCUACGUGACCUGUGGUUCAAACUGUUACAGUAGCUCUCAGGUCACAGCGGCACGCAACUCCGGGUACAACUAUGUCAAGCAAGGGGGGACUGCUGGAGGUAGCUCGUACCCGCACGUGUACAACAACUACGAGGGAUUUGACUUCUUGGUCGGUGGCACUUACUAUGAGUUUCCUCUCAUGACUAGCGGAUCAUACACCGGCGGUUCCCCUGGCGCGGAUCGUGUCAUCUUCAACCAGAAUGGACAACGGGCCGGUGAGAUCACGCACACGGGCGCAAGUGGAAGCUCGUUCGUGGCGUGCUCCGGAUGGUAGAGAGGAUGAUGAGCUGGAGGAGAAUAGCAGUAUGGAA